AGUUUGCUUUCGAAACGCGACCGAAACGGAUCAGUGUCUUGCGUAUGCUCUCGAAUUAAUUGGUUUUUUUUUUUUCAUAAUUAUGAAAAUUGUUAAAUUAAAAAAAAGCAUUUUAUCAUAGUCUUGAAAAAAUUAUUAUUAUUUUUUUCAUUUGUGCAAAAAUAAUUGUUAGUUUUAUUUUUUUUUAUUUUUAAAAAAUCAUAAAUAUUUUUUCAUAGUGAAUAAAGUGUGGAUAAAAUAAUUUUUGUUAAUUUUUUUUUUUUUUUUUUUAAAUUUAAAUUGGCAUUGUCUUAUUAACAAUAAUAUUUUUUUAGUAAUAAAAUAUUUUUUCUUUUGUAUUAUACCGAGUGAUUUAUUUGAUAUUUUUUUUUGUUGGGAUAAAAAUUGAGUUGGAGAUACUAAUAAGUAGCAAUAAACAGAAGUGAUCGUGAAUGUUGGAAUAGAACAAGAUAUAUGAUGAAUUCCGCAUCCCUUGAGGCAUCUCUUUCACUUUGAUUUGCUCGAGCUUUCGUCUCAAUUCUAUAUUUCUAUGGAACUUUGGCAAGGAUAAAAUAGCCUAAAGCACUUUUAUAUAAACAUACCAUAAGCCAGUAUAUUCAAUUAAAUUUCUGUAGCAUAUAAAUAACAAAAACAAAAGUUUACACAAGAACAGUUAAACAAAAAAAAUAUUAAAAACAAAAAAAAUUAAAUAAACAAGUACCACGGUCAAUUAAUUUUAUUUUUAAUUGUUAAAACAAUAAUUUAAAAAUAAAAAAUUGAAUUUAUAUUUUGUGGUAUAGUGAAAGCAAUUGAUGGAUAUAAAAAUACUUGAAAAAUGCUUUUUAUAAAGUUCAAGUGAUCAUUGUGAUUAUUGAGUGUUUGUUAAGCUCUCAAAGAGUAUGAGUUGUCCAAAAAAAUAAUAUCAAGCUCAUUGAUCAAGUGUGUAGCUCAACAAUUUUAGUGUUGCGAAUUAAUUAAAAGUUGAUCCAGUUACAUAAAUAUCAAAAAUACAAGUUAAUAAUUUGAAAAAAAAAGUUGUAAUAAAAAAUAUAAGUAAGUGUGUACACGUGGGUCAAGCGAAAAAUUAAAAUUAUACAAAAAAAAAACCAUCCUAAUGAUAUUCAGCAGUGUAUAUUCGUUCAAACAUCGAUAGCCCCCUUCACAUCAAAUGAUGAAUUGUUAUUUUGCGUGUUUGAAAAAAUAGCAAGAGUGAUUAUUAUCAGUUUAAUCGAAAAAAAUCACAAACCAUAAAUAAAUAUACUAAAGAAAAGCUUGGUGAGGCUUUUGAUAUUAUGUGAGAAAAAAGUAGAAAAUAUAAAUGACAGACAAGGAGCCAGUUAAGAUGUGCGUCAUUGGUUCUACAAUUUGGAUCUUUAUUAUUUUUAUCAUCAUUACAAAUGGUGCACCAGGUAAUUGUCUGCAACAGACAAGUAGCGGAAAAAAUUCCGACUCAGCACAAUCAAAUUCAGUAUUUGAUGAUUCCCUAUCACGUAAUGGACAAAAUCCUGAUGGUACACCAAAAACUGGACCGUAUUUUGAUUUAGCAGCAUCAAAAAAUGUAACAGCAUUAUUGGGAAAAACAACAUAUUUAAAUUGUCGAGUUAAAAAUCUUGGCAAUAAAACUUCGGUGGCAUUGCAAGUGUCAUGGGUAAGACACAGGGAUAUUCAUCUGUUGACAAUUGGACGUUAUACAUACACAAGUGAUCAGCGAUUUCGUGCUGUUCACAAUGUACACUCAGAUGAUUGGACACUUCAAAUAAAAUUUCCACAGCUACGAGAUAGUGGAAUAUAUGAAUGUCAAGUAUCAACUACACCUCACAUGAGUCAUUUUGUUCAUCUGAGUGUUGUUGAACCAACGACCGAAAUACUCGGUGGUCCAGAUCUUUAUAUCGAUCAUGGUAGUACCAUCAACUUGACUUGCAUAGUAUUGAACAGCCCCGAGCCACCAGCAUAUAUUUUCUGGAAUCACAAUGAUGCGAUAAUCAGUUACGAUUCCGGAAGAGGUGGAGUUUCCGUUAUGACGGAAAAAGGCGAGACAACAACGAGCUUUUUACUUGUUCAACACGCUAUGCCAUCUGACUCAGGACAAUACACCUGCAAUCCUAGCAAUGCUCAACCCAAAUCUAUCACUGUUCAUGUACUUAAUGGAGAGUAUCCAGCGGCAAUGCAGCAUGGGGGCCAAGCAAAACAACCACGACUCUACUCACUCCUGCUGUGCCUCUGUUUACUUCUUUACUAAAUUAAUAUAUAAUUAAUAUUAUAGCCAAAAAAAAAAGAAAAAAAAACGGCUGACGUUUUUUUUAGAAAAAUAAUAUAAAAAAAAUUGAGUGAAGAAAGAGAGUCAUUGUAUAAAAAAUAUAUAAAUCUAGUUGUAUAAGAAUCCAUCAAGCUAAAAUGAGGAACAAUGGUCGAGAGCAUUAAGGUCUCACUUUUGACAAAGUGUCAAAACCAUCAUUCUCAGUAUAUAAACUUUAUGGAUUUAGUUUACCAUCAUAAUGUCAGCAUCAACAUCUUCAAAUAACCUUAAAUAAGACAAAAUUUCAUCAAAAUAAAUUUAUAAAAAUUAACAAAAUCACAAAGAUAUAUGAAAACUAGAAUUUUCUUUUAUUUUUUUUAAUUUUCAUUAUGCUGAGAAUAAUUUAAACACAAAAAAAUAAAUAAUAUUCAUUACAGUGACUAAAAAGAUUCGAUGAAAAAAAAAUUUAAAUUAAAAAAAAAAGAAAAAUAAUAAAUUUCCUUGGAGAAUUCAAAUAAAUAUUUGUUUAAUAUUUUUUAUUUUUCAAUUUUUAGUUGACAAUUUUUUUAAUCAAAUUUUUAAUAUCAAUCAUAAUUUAAUUAACAAUGCAAAUAUUUCGUAAAAAAAUUUUUUUAUCAAGAAUUUUCAAUGAUAAUAUUGAUAUAAUAAAAAUAAAAAUUAUCAUUCAUUUUUUAUAUGUGUAAACAUUAAAUUGUAUCGUCAAAAAAAUACAAAAAAAUUACAAAACAUAAAAGUGAAAUAAUGCUAUGAAAGCAAACGCGCGUAUUCAGAUUUUCAUAUGAAAAAAAAAAAUGUGCAUGCGCUUGAAGUACUUCUCGUUACCCUUGCCACGCAAUUUAGCCAACUCGUAUGUAAUUUUUUUUUUUUUUUUAUUUCAUUUCUUUUCUUCAACGUGACGUUAUUUUUUCAAAAAUAUUUCAAAAUUUUUUUGAUAUAAUAACGGUAUUUUAAAUAACAAAAAAUCUUCAUACAAAAAAAAUUUAGCCAGUGGAAAAAAAAUUAUUAAAAACUUAUUAAUUAUUAAAAUUAUAAGGCGAAUAUAUUUGGGUUAUAUUAAAGUUGGAUGGAAAUUAUUUGAACAAUAGAAAUAAAUUAUAAUUAAUUCGUUAAAAAUUAAAUUGUCACAGGAUCUUUUCACAAUAUAUUUCAAAUAAAUAUAAAAUACAAUUGAAAUAUAUUUUAUAUAAAUUUAAAAUAUAUUUUCCAUAUAAUUUAAAUUAAAAUUUAAUAUAAUUUAUAUACUUUAAUUUUUCCACUUGGAUAUAGUUGACAAAAUCUUAUGUUUUAUAUCUUAAGCUCAAGACGUUUGUCAUUCUGUGUUUUGUUAUUAUUUAUCAGUUUAACGUUGGCAGUUGUAAAGGUGUGGUCGUUAUGAGCCACACCAAAGAAUUCGCAACUCCAGAGAAUAAAAAAACUCUUGAAACAAAUAAAUGAGAAAAGUGAAAAUGAAAAAAAAAAAAAAAAACAUAAAACAAAAUAAUAAUAAAAUAUAAAAGAAAGAAAAAAAAAAAAAAAAAAUUGCUUGCCUUCCGCAUCAAGAAUUCGGCUUCAAUGUUGCACUGAAAAUUUUCUCUACUUUCUCGUAAAAUUCAAGAUAAAAAAUAAAAAAAAGAAAAGAAUUAUUUCUGUACAAAACAGCUCUUUCUUCUAGCAUCCUAUUGUUCAAGAAAAAUACAAUCGUUUAUUUCUACUGAGAUCAUUCAAAUUGAAGUAUCUCGUGCAAAAAUAAAUGAAUUGUUUCUUUUUCAGUUGUCACUUUGAUACUUAUUUUCAGUGACAAAAAAUAUAUACACCUAUAAAUACUGGAGCCAUAUUAAAUCAAAGCAAAUUGACAUAUCAAUUCACAAAAAAAUAAAUAAAUAAUAAACUCUUUGUCGUUAACAUUGAAUAUGUCAAUGUAAAAAUGGUAAAAUAUAAAAUUAAGCUGAAAAUAAAUUUAUCAAUGAAUUAUUUAUACUUUUUUUUACUGUUAUUUCAUUAUUAAAAAAUAUUUUAAUAUUCAAUAUGGCUUUAAAACUAUCAAGCAAAUAACACUUGGCUAUUUUUAUUUAAAUAAUUCAACAGCAAUAUCUGUAAUAAAAAAUCGAUUUAUCUUUGAAUAUAAUUGACAAAUAAAAAUUGAAUGAUAAAUUGACUUUAAUGCUCUCGAUACUUGACCAUCUUCUUAUUUAAAUUUUAUUUAUUUAUAUUUUUUAAAAAUUGGUUGUCAAAAUUCAGCCACAAUUGACCCCAAUAUUAAAUUAUAAAUAAAUAAUAUAAAUAAUAUUAAAGUUUGUAAAUAUGUAUGAUUAAGAUGAUUUAGUUUAUUAGAUUAUCUCGACAAUAUGUAAUCUUUCAAAAUAAAAAUAAACUAUCAUCACUCAUUAAUGAUUACGUUUUUUAAAUAAAAAAAAAAAACAAAUUAUUUUAUAUAUAUGUAAAGAAAAAAUUUUAAAAUGGAAAAAAAAAAUUAUAAAAAACUUAAAUUUUUAUUUAUAACAAUGGACGAUGAUGCUUGUGAUAAUAAUAAACUUUUAAUUAUAUUUAUUUGUAAUUUUUAUUUUUUUGAAUUUUUUAAUUUAAAAGAAAAAAAGUAUGGAAUAUUGAGUGAACAAUUAUGUGAAGUACUUCUCUUUGAAAUUUUUAAUAAUUUAAAUAAUAAAGAAAAAAAAAAAAAA